AACCCUACUUUAUUCGUAAUUGAUUUCAGCCGUGUGGCGAAAAGUAGUGUGAGGUUAUUAAACGAAUAAAGUAAUAUUAUCGUAAAAAAAUAAAAAUGUACGACGAAUACAGCGAUCAGUACGAUACGUAUGAUGAAUAUGGAGCACCAGAAGCCCACACGGAUUCUUAUGAUAGAUAUCGUCAAGUUCCUGAAGUUGUUAGAAAAUUUCUGAUUUAUUUUCGUAAUUGUAUCAGCGAAGGGAUGAUUUUCGAAAUUCAAAAUCUUUAUGAAAAUACAUUUCCAAAAAUAAGCGAGCAAUUGUUUGAAAAACAAUCGUGGCCAGAUGAAUCUGAAAUUGCUCAUAUUGUUGAAAAUGAUACUGUAUUUUUGAUUUUAUAUAAAGAACUUUACUAUCGUCAUAUUUAUGCACGAAUGCAAGGACCAACUUUGGAGCAACGAUUUGGUUCAUUUUAUAAUUAUUGUGAUUUAUUUAAUUAUAUUUUGAAUCCAGAAGAACCGGUUCAGUUAGAGUUACCUGACCAAUGGCUCUGGGAGCUCAUCGACGAAUUUGUUUAUCAAUUCCAAGCAUUUUCUCAUUAUCGAGCUAACUUGGCCAAUAAAACUCCUGAAGAAAUUGAAAACUUGAAUAAUCAUAUCAAGAUAUGGGAUAUUCUUUGUGUUUUAAAUGUUUUGCAUUAUUUGGUUGAUAAAUCAAAGAUUAAGAGCCAAUUGGAGGUUUAUGCAAGUGGCGGUGAUCCAGAUUCUGUUGCUGGGCCAUUUGGAAAGCAUUCUUUGUACAAAAUGCUUGGAUAUUUUGCUCUCAUUGGGUUAUUGAGAGUUCAUUCUCUACUGGGAGAUUAUUAUCAAGCUAUUAAAGUCUUGGAAAAUGUUGAAAUCUACAAAAAGAGCGCUUAUUCUCAUGUUCCUGGAUGUCAAAUUUCAACUGCAUAUUACGUUGGUUUUGCUUACAUGAUGAUGAGAAGAUAUGCUGAUGCUAUCAGAACUUUUUCUGGUAUUUUGCUUUACAUUCAACGUACUAAGCAAUUAUUCAUAGCAAGAAGUUAUCAAAAUGAUCAAAUUAAUAAACAAACUGAGCAGAUGUAUCAUCUAUUGGCUAUAUGUCUUGUUCUUCACCCUCAAUGUAUUGAUGAAGGUUUACAGCAAGCACUUCGUGAACGUAAUUAUCAUGAAAAAAUGUAUAAAAUGCAGUACGGAGAUAUAGUUGAAUUUGAAUCUUGCUUCUUAUUUGCUUGUCCAAAAUUCCUUUCUUCAACACCCCCAAGUCCUGAUAGCAAGAGAGAAGACUACACCAAGGAUGCUAUUAAACAUCAAACUCAAGUUUUUAUGGAUGAAGUUAUUCAACAAAAAAUGUUGCCCACUAUUCGAUCAUAUUUGAAAUUGUAUACCACGCUACCGUUAAGUAAAUUGGCAACAUUUAUGUACAGAUCAAGUAGCUCAAGUACUGAUGAAAAUUGGGAUCUUGACAAAGAAGUUGCUGCUUUGACUAUUCAUUUGUUGUGCUUUAAGCAUAAAAUGAAGAACAUCGUUUGGACUAAAGGUGCAUCGGGAUUAGAAGGAAAGUUCCAAUCUGGCUCAGAGCUUGAUUUCUACAUUGAUCAUGACAUGAUUCAUAUUGCGGACACCAAGGUUGCUCAUCGCUAUGGAGACUUUUUCAUCCGUAAAAUUUUGAAGUUUGAAGAAUUAAAUAGGAAAUUGCAUCAUAUUAAAAUUUAAUAAUUCAAUCUUUACAUAAAAUUAAAUUUUUUUAAAUUCAUUAUGGUAAAUAAAUAACUGUACUCAAAAAUUCA